GUCAAUAAGUAUUAAACAAUGAGCGAGAUGAAACUGAAAGUCAGUCAAUGUGUUAGUUCAUGCUAUAUACAUCUUGAAGAACUAACUUUUUCCUCAUCAAUUAUCAAAGAUACAACAAAAUGUGUGACACUAUACUUUCCUGUGCUCGUGAUAACUUACUUCCACUAGCCCGUGAGCAUUUGCUUCCAAUAUUAAGGGAAGCAGUGGAUAUGAUUAGAGGUGUACCAAAAGAAAUUGAAGAAAUGAAAGAUGAACUUGAAAGCAUUGAAGAAUUCAUCAACAAAGCAGAUAAAAUGGUUGAUGAUGCUGAAGAUGACAAAACAAGUCACCAAAUCAAAGAAAGAAUCAAGCAGCUAAAAGAAGCAUCCUUUCACAUAGAAGAUAUCAUUGAUGAAUAUAUGAUCUGCGAGGAACAACCUACAGGAUGUACUGCUGGUGCUAACUUAGUCAAAACUAUGAUUCUUCGUCUCGAAAUAGCCUACAAGAUUCAGAACAUCAAAUCCCAAAUUAGUGAAAUGAAAGAUGCAAGUUCUGAAAAAGAUUAUGGCUUCCAGUUCCAUAUUCAAUCUUUUUCAGAACAUGGAUCAAGCAGUUCUGCAGCCAACUCAAACGCUGCGUUAUUGCAGAAUCUUCGAAGGGCUCCAUUUUACAUGGAUGAAGCUGAUGUCGUAGGCUUUGAAAUGCCGAGAGACAUAUUGAUUGAUUUGUUGUUAGAGGGAAGACCGGAGCUCACUGUUGUUUCCGUUGUUGGAAUGGGAGGACAGGGAAAAACCACUCUAGCCAAGAAAGUUUUUGACAACAACAAGAUUGUUAAACACUUUCACUGUCAUGUAUGGAUUACCGUGUCUCAAUCAUACGAUAUAGAAGGAUUGCUGAGGGACUUGUUGCGCGAGAUUUACAAACAACAAGGAGUCAAUCCUCCUCAGAGUAUUCAUCAAAUGAAUCGAGAGUCGUUAGUUGAUGAAGUAAGAAACUACUUGCAGGAAAAAAGGUAUGUUGUAGUGUUUGAUGAUGUAUGGAAUUUAAAUUUUUGGGAUGAUAUUGAAUUUGCUAUGAUUGAUAACAAAAAUGGUAGUAAGAUUUUAAUCACAACAAGAAAGAUGAAUGUUGUGAAUGCUUGUAAGAAAUCUUCUUUUGUUGAAGUGCAUGAACUAAAAGGUUUAACUAAAGAACAAUCUUUGGAGUUGUUCAAUAAGAAGGCAUUCCGCGACUUGAAUGGAUGUUGUCCGGAAAAUCUUAUUGAAAUAUCUUCUAAAAUUGUUGAAAAAUGCAAUGGAUUACCACUAGCAAUUGUAGUCACCGGGGGUCUUCUAUCUUGCAAAGAUAGAAAUACAUUUACAUGGUACAAGUUUAGUGAAAAUCUAAAUUCAGAGUUAAAGGAAGAUUCCAAGAUAAAAAGAAUUUUAGGUCUUAGUUACCAUGAUUUGCCUUACAAUCUCAAGUCAUGUUUGUUGUAUUUUGGAUUAUAUCCUGAAGAUUGUGUAGUUCCUUCGAAGAUAUUGAUUUGGCGAUGGGUGGCUGAAGGGUUCUUGAAAAAGGAAAGGGGAAAGACUUUGGAAGAGGUUGCAGAAGGAUAUUUAACAGAAUUGAUCCGUAGAAGUUUGGUGCAAGUAGUUUCAGUCAGAAAUGAAAGAGUAAAAAGUUGUCGUGUUCAUGAUAUGGUGCAUGCAAUGAUCCUUGAAAAAUGUGAGGAUUUAUGCUUUUGCAAGUAUAUUGGUAAGAACGAACAAUCAUCUUUAAUUGGAAUGGUUCGACGUCUAUCAAUAGAAAGUGGUGCUGAUAAUAUAAUGGAAAGUAUUGAAAACUCACAUGUUCGAUCACUACUUGUUUUCAGUCCUAAAACAUUACCUGAAUCCUUUGCAAGGAGAAUCCCUACAAAAUACAAGAGGUUGAAGGUGCUUGCUUUGGAGUAUGCUGGAUUGCUUGAAGUUCCUAAAGAUUUGGGAAGUUUGAGCCACUUGAAGUAUUUUAGGUUUCGGGACACACAUCCAGAAGCUAGACGUUAUACACUACCAAAAUCCAUUUGCAUGCUCGAGAGCCUAGAGACCUUGGAUUUGACAGGUACAAUGUUCUAUGCUAUGCCGAAGGAGAUUUGCAAGCUCAGAAAGUUACGUCAUUUUCUAGGCUCGAGUAUGUCUUUGAUUCAAUUGAAGGAUGGUAUUGCAGGUAUGACAUGCCUACAAACUCUACGUGAAGUUUAUUUAAAUGAAGGUGAAAAUGAAAACGAUAGUAGAGUAGUAGAGCUAAUCCAAGAGCUAGGAAAGCUAAAACAGCUAAGGGAAUUGGUCUUGCUCGGUGUUAGGGGUAAAUAUAUGAGUGCUAUAUCUUCCUCGAUCAAUGAGAUGCAACAAAUGGAGAAACUAUAUAUUCGCACAAUCAGAGUUGACACAGUCAUCAAUAUGAAUUUGAAUUCACCCCUACUUAUGCUUCGAAAUCUCAGACUUGAGGGGAAGUUAGAGAAGUUGUCUGAGUGGAUUCCAAAACUUCAAAAUCUUGUUAAGCUGACUAUGGUACUUAAAUAUUCCAAGCUAACAGGUGAUGUAAUGAAAUUACUCAAAAGUAUGCCAAACUUGUUGUACCUAUAUGUCUCCAACUGUGAUUAUGAAGACAAAUUCAAAAGCUUACAUUUUCAAGAUGGAUGGUUUAAGAAUUUGAAGGAACUAUAUCUUCAUAAUUUUGAUAACUUGAGUUACAUCCAUAUUGACGAAGGUGCGUUGUGUUCUCUACAAAAGUUCCAACUAUCCUCAAUCCCUCAACUCAAGACAUUACCAAUUGGCAUUCAACACUUACAAAAGCUCGAUUUUCUCUGUAUUUUGAGUAUGUGUGUGGAAUUUAUGGAGAGCAUUUCUCCAGAUGAAGGAAAAGAGCAUUGGAUCUUCAAGCAAGUGCCCUUUGUAGAAAUUUCUGGAGGAUCAGGAGCUAUAAAGCAUACACUAUCCAACUUCGAGAGAAAAAAAAGGUGAUGGCCAUGAUCAGUGAAUGGAUAUUCAAUUUUCUCCAAUUAGUGGACUUUUAUAUCAGUGACAUUGCUUCUUAAUAUAUGUUCCUGUUUUGGCACUUCCUCAAUAAAGAAAUGUGUUGCUUUGUAUUGUUAUAUAUAUAAUAUAUAUAUC